ACAUAUUAUCUAUACACAAAACACUAGUCUAUAAAAUUCAAACAAAUCACAAUUACACUAAAUAAAAGCACACAAUUCUUUGUUUUUCGUUCAUUCCCUUUUUGUUUGUGAGAGAGCAAAAAACAACAAACAUGGUGUGUUCAACUUCAAUUAUUUAAUUUAUCCCUCCCACUUCUUUUGGGAAAAAGGAAACAUUACCUUGGUAAUAAAUAAAAUUAAGGCAGGGUUUGGGUAGAGUUAGAUUGAGGAAAAUUAGAAUUAAGGUAGGGUUUGGAGAGAGUAGGGUGACAGAAUAAGCGUGGGCGGGUAUCCAUGAGUCGGGUAUCUCUAAAUCCAAACCAAAUCCAACUUGGUGAACAGUGUACCAGGUUAAUAUACGAACUUGACCCGAAACCCGUCAAAAUGAGUUUUACCCGCAUUAACCGGGUUGGAUACGUAGGUUUCGAGUUUUGUUGCCAUCUACUUUAUGAGAGGUGAUUUAACGGUAUGGAUUCCUGACUUUAUUGUUCUUUAUGGAUGGAUCCCUGAAUUUAGUGUACUACUUGCGAUGCCAUGGCCUCGAUAAUACAACAUAUCUUUUAAUUCCCGACAUCCACGGGGGAGAAGAGAACCUCAAGCAAUCGAAAAAUCUAAAGAGGAAAAUAAAAGAGAAACGAGGGAGAAGAGAAGAGAAGAGAAGAGAAGAGAAGAAGGUCGACCCUCCUCCUCCCGACGUGCGUGCCGGCCGAAAUCCCAGAGCUCCCCCGAUCUUUCCUUCUUCCUUUUUUUCUCUAUCCUUCCCGCCUGAAAACUGUAAGUAAUCCUCUCUCUCCCGUCUUGUUUUCUUCCUUCAGAUCUGCACCGAACGAUCCUGGAUUUGUUUUUUCAUUCUUUGGAGUCGGUUGUCGAGAUUGGCACAGAAAAAUCAGGAAAUGGGUUAUCUUUAGAUUUAGUGUUGAAGCAAUCCUUUGUCUUGAUGAGGUAGACACGGAUCUGGGAUUCCGGGGAAAGUUUUAGCUGAAACGUGGAGAUUGUAAAAUGGGGAUAAAGAAAAUGUUCAGAACCUCGGUUUACAAUCUACAGAAUUAGAGUGAUUUGCGAAAUGUAUGAAUGUAAAUUUCAUGCUUGGCAUUGCUGAAAUGUUUGAUUGUUGGAGGUAUUCUUUGAACAAUUUUGAAAAUAGUAACCGGGUCUAUUGCACUAAGAAGGGAGGGCGGAAAGGAAAACUUGUUGUGGCCGGCGUUAUUGCAGUAAGAAGAUUUCGAUUAGUAUUAGGAGGACCAUUUAUCGAGUUGGAGAAUUUUGAACAUCUUUGUGGGGUCCUAGAUCUUUGUUUGUCAAUCUAUAGGAUUCUUGACCAUGAUCUUUCGAGCUCUAGAUUGUGUUCUUAUUUUGCCUGGAUCUGCUAUGUCAUACAGAAGCAGUGGACAUGCUUUCAUCUCAUUUUAAUUGCUUAGCUUGCCCUUCCUUAGUUCCUUACUACAUUCUUGUGGUGCAUCAUGAACAAAUUGCCAUGGUUAACUUCCUUUGAUUUUCCAAGAAUGGCUCCCGAUCUAUCUCGAGUUCAUGCUCGUGAUGCAUUAGUUGUUAAACUACCACUUCCCGAAUUAUGGUUCGGUAGUUCGUUGGACUUGGUCCAUUACAAAUGACAGGGUGUCUCGGUUUUUGUUCUUGAGUAUGAAACGUCAUUUAUUCAUAGCUCAUCUGAACCUCCCCUGCAGUUAGUUCUAUAUUGGCUUUCUCCCCGCUGAUCUCACCUCUGUAAUUUACAACACUUCUGCAGUCAUUGAGCUUUGAUUCAUUGGCUAGGUGGCCCUGAUAAUUGAUUAUCAGUGAUGUUUUCAUCGUUAUAUUGGUCCUUUUCACGAGGCAUUUCUUGGUUCUGACUUGUAAUUUAUCUGAAAUGGAGUGUUUCGAGAUGAAGUCGAGUUAGCAUUCUCUCCCCAUUACAGUUGUUUCUUAUGGGGUGUAACAAAUGGUGGGUAACUGUCUCUUACUACCCUCAUUAGCAAUUGGCAUUGUUCCUUUCAAAGGUUUAGAAUGGUCUCUGCUGUUCAUUAUCUAAGGCAGAUUUGUUCAUGUUCCUGCAUAACUUUGACCCACACAUCUAUUUUGCUGUACAUUGUUCACAAAAUGGAAAUUUGUUGUUAUCAUCUCCACGGACUUCCUUCAGUACUGUAGGAACUGAUCCGAAUCGACACCCCCAAUGUUUCAGGUCCUUGCAGGAGGUUAGACAUUAUGGUACUUGACAGCCUAUCUUCCCCUCAUAGGAUAUCAUCUCUUCGGAAAGGAUUCCCCAAAGAAGAACUUGGCAGCUGGUCAACGCUCCUGAACAGACACCGAUUCCUGCUGACAGCUUUGACUCUGUUGGCCUUUCUAUGCACCAUCUACCUCUACUUCGCCAUUACACUAGGCGCCACCGCGGCGGCAGGAUCAUGUUCUGGGAUGUCCGGGAAAGAAAAGGCGUUGUGUCAUUUAGAGCAUGCUAAGACCUCUGUGACUACGGGGAAACUGAAAUUUUACUGAUGAAAUUGAUUCAGUUCCACCCAUUAUAGUUUUCUUUUCUUUUUUCGGUCUUGGGGUUUACUGUGUGAUCAAGGUCUAAUACUCUGGUAAAGCAUGUUGGAAGAGAGUCGGGGGUGACUGAUUCUGUAUCUUCUCAUUAUUAUGUAUGAAAAGGUUUUGUUCCAAGAAAAUGUGGGUGUCAGAAGAUCAGCCGAUUUAUUUAUUUUUUGGUGAGAAGCCGAUUAAUUUAUUGUAAUGAGCAAAAGUGAAAUCGUCCUUGCUGAAUAGCAAAUAUUAACUUGUUUGUACCGAAAAAUCAUUACUUCGCAAAACUGGACUGUGAAUUUUCUGAUGAGGGUCUGAAGCUGGGCUGUGAAUUUUCUGACGAGGUCUGAAGAGGAAAAUGAGAAUUUUGGAAAGGAAAAUGGGUUAUAGCAUUAUAGGUAUAAUAUUUCUCUCAAUUCUGUCGUUUUAUCAGACAUGCUUCUUUAUUAUUUUUUACAUCAAACAUGCUCACGUAAUUUGAAAGAAUGAUCAAACAUGCACUUCUGUUAAAAUUUUCAUCCAAAAACCGUUAACCACGAUCAAACUUUUGUUUGGGCGACACAAAUGUCUAAAAUAUCUCUAAUAAUUUCACUUUAGAAUU